AUGGCGAAAAUUCGAUCCUUAAAGUCCUCCCUGGCGUUCGCCCCCAGACGGGUUUUGACGCAGCAAGGCUGCCCAGCAGGUUGUGGCGCUGCGAGGCUGCCCAGCAAGAAGUACCACGCCACAACCUGCCUGGGGGCGAGCGCCAGAAGGAUUUUAAAGAUCGAUUUUGCACUCUUAAUAAAAAUGGAAGGAGAGGGGGAGAGAAUUCGAUUAGUUGUUAUGGGAGAUAGACAAAAUACAACAUUCCAGGAUAAGUAUAAACCAACCGUAGAGGAUUUGUACUCUGAGGAUUUCACAGUUGGAGAUUCUAAACUCAAGGUUGAUUUCCUGGACACUGCAGGAGAUGAUCAGUUUCCUGUAAUGCGCAGAUUAUCCAUAACAUCAGGGCAUGCUUUCCUUCUCGUAUACAGUGUAACAGAUCCUUCAUCAUUAGAACUGAUUCAAACAAGAAUUGAGGAAAUACAGCAGCAGCGACCAGAUUUUAAGGAGCUCCCAAUAGUGAUCGCUGGGAACAAGGUUGAUCUGGCAGAUGAAGGUCGGGAGAUCUUUAUUGAAGAUGUUAUCGACUGGGCAGCAUAUACUAUACCUAACAAGAGGUUGAAGGUUGUUGAAUGUUCGGCCAGAGAUACUUACAACGUGAACGGAGUCUUUAAGGCGUUUCUAGAGAUCUCGAACAUACCCCAGGCCUCUUCUAGUCUUCGCAGAGGAACAUCAGCAUAUGCCAAGCUCAAGUUCACCAAUCAGAAUGAUGGAAAAAGUCUGCAUAGCAGAAUAAAGAGUUUAAAACUCCCGACAAGGUUUGGAAGUGAGAAACGACGACCUUUACCCACAACAGUUGUAACUCAACCUUCUGAGCGUGUCUCCCCCAUCUCCCUGCCCAGCCCUUCCCUGAACUCCCUCCCCUCUUCCCCUAUCACCCCCUCCUCCUGUUCCCCUUCAUCAAGGAUAUCCUCUUCUCCAAUAUUUGACUUCAACAUGAGGAUCCAUUGGAAAAAGGGAGAGAAACAAGCUCAGGAGCAGAACAGUAUUGCUGAGAAUACGAGCAGAAGUGUUGAAGAGAGGAAACCUAGGAGCAGAUCUCUGGUCCGUAGGAGCAGCAAUAAGAUUCGUCGUAAAGUGAACGAGACGAAACCCGAGGAUUGCACAGUGUCCUAAACCUAAAUACUGUUAAGUUGUCUUCAACAAGUAUCAAGCUUAACAGUUGUUUUGUAUGUAUACAAUAUAUCUAUCAUCUAUAUUAUACACUCGAGAAUUGCUGAUUGAAAAUCAAACAUUUGUAAUAUUGCAUUUUACUCUGUAUACAUACUCUGUACAUUGUACUCUGUACACUUUGCUCUGUACACUGUGCCCUGUACACUGUGCUCUGUACACUUUGCUCUGUACACUUUGCUCUGUACACUGUGCUCUGUACACUGUUUUCUGUACACUUUGCUCUGUACACUGUGCUCUGUACACUGUGCUCUGUACACUUAGCUCUGUACACUGUUUUCUGUACACUUUGCUCUGUACACUGUGCUCUGUACACUGUGCCCUGUACUCUGUGCUUCGUACACUGUGUUCUGUACACUGUGCUCUGUACACUGUGCUCUGUACACUGUGCUCUGCACACUGUGCUCUGUACACUGUGUUCUGUACACUGUGCUCUGUAAACUGUGCUCUGUACACUGUGAUCUGUACAAUGUGUUCUGUACACUGUGCUCUGUACACUGUGCUCUGUAUACUGUGUACACUGUGCUAUGUACACUGUGCUCUGUACACUGUACUCUGUACACUGUGCUCUGUACACUGUGCUCUGUACACUGUGCUAGCUGUUCACUUGCUCUGUACACUUUGCUCUGUACGCUGUGCUCUGUACACUGUGCUCUGUACACUGUGUUCUGUACACUGUACUCUGUAUACAGUACACUCUUUUUUUUAACUGGAAAGAAGCUUGAAAGAAAACAGUUCUAUUUGAAUUAAAAAAAUAUAAAUUAACAUAAUUGUGACAUCUCCCCUCUCUUAUCUAUUUAACGUAUGACUGACUGAAUUGGAGAAAGUACCAAAGAAUGGAAUUAUAUGUGCUCAAAUUCUCAGAAAAUCAAAUUAACACCAGUCUUGGGGCAGCAUUGUUCUUAAAACUUUACCACUUGUUAAUUUUCCCGUUUAUUGGAAUCAUAGAUUAAUAACAAUACAGAUAAAACACUAGAUGUCGUCUUUUCAAGAUUUAGAGGGUUAUCGUUUUCGAAGGAGUUACGCACAUGCUGCGGUAAAUGACAAGACAGAGAGAGAGCAUGAGCGUAAAUACUUCAUGCUCCUGUGUCUCAGGGUUAUUGUGAAUGAAAACCCCCUUAAAUCUCGAAAAGACAACAUCUAGUGAUCUAUCAGUAUUGUUAUUAAUCUAUGAUUGCAAUACUUUGAUUGUAUAUUAGUAUUGAAAUUAUAAUGUUAAAUUACUUAAUUAAAGCCAUUUGUAUUUUAA